AAUUCAAUCCAUUAGCCAAAGACAGGCUGUGGUUGUCUUAACAGUUAGCAAAGGAGAUGUCUCGGGAAUUUGUCCAUCAUCACCCUCGCAUAUCCACACCGUCACUCCUGCCUGCAUCUCAUCUGAUCUCGAAUACCAGAAGCCAACUGACGACAGGAAUGACAAGCGCGAAGGGGCCAAUGGUGCCGCUUAGAUGGAGUCGCCGGAGACCAUCGACGGCCGUCACCACACCGCGCUUCGCAGCCGUGACAGCUUCGCUUUCACCGCUCGAUUUAACAGAAGAUAACGUCCGGCAGGUUUUAGCCGAUGCUCGAGUGGAGCUUGCGCAGAUCUUCGACAAUUCAGUUGGAAUAACAGGAGAAGCCGAGCUAGCUGAAUUGGAUGGACCAUUUGUGAAGAUCAGCCUCAGAGGUCGCUUUUGGCACAAACGUUCCACAGUGUUGGCCAGAGUUGCUAAUUACUUGAAGCAGAGAAUUCCGGAAAUCUUGGAGGUGGAUAUAGAGGACGAGAAACAACUAGAUGACAGCCCUGAGAAUUUUUGAUUGAGCUACUUAUCCAUGCUGUUUUUCUUUUCCUUUUGGUGAUUAACAUUGGAGAUACUUAUUCAAAACCUGUAUUUGGGAGAACAAGUUUUGGGGUUUGAUUAUGGUUGAUUAAUUACUGAAAAUUAAAGUUUCAUUGAAAUUUUGUUGCA